CACUUUGUUUUCUGUUCUGUUUGUCUACUGCUACACGGCGAGACUGUAAGAAACCAAACGGAAUGCUCUGACUGAACAUGUAAAUAAAUGAGUGACAAGUGAAAAAUGGGUAGGUUUAAACUUUUCAUUUUCGUGCCUCUUCGGAUGACAUAUUUUUAUCGAUUGGGCUAACUUCUUAAGCACGGCUGACUUUUAUCGGAAAUUUGCCGAAAUGGUUGGUGGAGGAGGGCCUCUACGUGGCAGUGUACGUUGGGCUUAUAACACAAGAGCCUGGGAACCAACCGAGCAGGAAUGGCUCCUUGCUUCAAGGUGCAUUCCAUUGGAAGAGAAGCAGCGAGUUCAGAAAUUUGUUUUCAAAGCUGAUGCCAAAGCUGCCAUGGCUGGAUGCCUUAUGAUCAGGAAGCUUGCUCACUUGGUCACAGGUGACCCCAAUGAUAAAAUCGAGAUCAUAAGGGAGAAUGGACGUCCACGCGUUAAAACAACAAAUAUUCACUUAGACUUUAACAUAUCUCAUCAAGGACACUUCACAGUGUUAGCAGGUGAGGUAGGCAAUGAUGUGAUAGUUGGAGCAGAUGUAAUGAACUUGCACCGCAAAACAGGGAGUCAUCUAUCUGAGUUUUUUCGCCUUAUGAACAAAACAUGUUCCUCCGAUGAAUGGAAUACGAUUUUAUCCUCAAACUCUGAGGAACAGAGAGCUGCUAUGUUUUUUAGAUUUUGGUGUUUAAAGGAAAGCUUUACCAAAGCAACAGGUGUUGGAGUAAGAUCAGACAUGCGUCACAUUUCCUUUCAAUUAAGGACCCCAUGGUUGAAUGAGAAGACACCAGUAACUGACACUUUUGUUGAAAUCGAUAGGGUAAAGAAUUCAGCUUGGUGCUUCCAUGAAUGGUUAUUGGACCCUAAACAUUGUGUUGCUGUUGCCCUAUCAAGUAAAGCUAAUACAUGUCCAAAUGUUGAGCCAGUGCCUUUUACCUUUUUGACAUUGUCAGACCUUUUAAGAGACCUUGAGCCCAUGCUGCCACCAGAUGUGAUAUCUUGCCAUUCUUUCUUGAAGAAGGAAGAAAGUGGUAGAGCUCAUGAAGAUUCUGUUUUAUGAGAUACCUCUGCUUUGCUUUUAUUAUUGGUGGAUCAUGGAGACAUGGAUGGAUCACCUUUACAGAAAUUGUGAUUUGGCAACGGCCGAUGUCUGUACAUUCCAAACCCAUUGAUUAAAAUAAAUGUGUGUCCAAUGCA